AUGACCACUGUUGCCAAAAAUACAUCAUCAUGCCCUUCUGCUGCAGAAGAGAAACACUACUGCUCCUCUCCGUUCUGCGGGAAAGAAACGGAAUCAAAUCUGAAAUGCCCAGUUUGCCUGAAAUUUGGUCAUAAGAUUUACUUCUGUGGAAAAACUUGCUUUCGGAAGGCAUGGCAUAUACACAAAAACUUUCAUCCUAAGGAUGAUUCUGAAACCUACAAUCCAUUUUCAGAAUUUGAAUUCACCGGUGAUGUGAGACCAACGUACCCAUUGAGUAUCAAGCCUCGUAUUCCAGACAGUAUCAAAAGGCCCGACUAUGCAUUAGAUGGUCAGCCGAUUAGUGAAAUGAAGGCUGAUCGUUCGAACAGUGUUAGGGUUCUUUCUGAAGACGAAAUCAAAAAGAUGAGAGUGGUCUGUAAGUUAGGACGAGAGGUGUUAGACGCAACUGCGGCUGCAAUCAAGCCAGGCGUUACUACCGAGCAACUUGAUGACAUAAUUUACGCAGAAUGCAUCAAGAGAAAGGCAUAUCCAUCACCCUUGAACUACUACAACUUUCCGAAAUCUGUUUGUACUUCGGUGAACGAGAUCAUUUGCCAUGGCAUUCCAGACAAAACUAUUUUAAAAGAUGGUGAUAUUGUCAAUUUGGAUGUCACAAUUUAUAAGUUUGGCUUUCAUGCUGAUUUGAAUGAAACAUAUUACGUUGGAGAGAAAGCAAGAAAAAACAAAGACCUUGUUAACUUGGUUGAAACUACUAGGGAAGCUACGAUGAUGGCAAUUUCAACUGUGAAACCGGGCACACCAUUUAGACAUUUUGGUGAUGUCAUAGAGAAGCAUGCUAAAGAACAUGGUCUUUCUGUUGUUAGGACAUAUUGUGGACAUGGAAUUAAUAAUCUCUUCCAUACCUCACCCGAAAUUUUACACUAUGCUAAUAAUAAAGCACCAGGUACUUGUAAGGCAGGAAUAUGCUUUACAAUUGAGCCUAUGCUCAACAUGGGAACAUUUAAGGAUAUAAGUUGGCCCGAUGACUGGACUGUUUCAACUGCAGACGGUAAGCCAAGUGCACAGUUUGAGCAUACACUUUUAGUUACAGAGGAUGGCGUUGAAAUUCUUACCGCUAGAAACAAGCAUUCACCAGGUGGACCAGUUAAAAGAAUAGAGUAA